AUGGCAGACCUAUCCAAAUUCGCCAUCUCAGUCAAAGCAGACGACCCGAAGAAGAAAGACAAAGAGCCAGAGAAAGUUGGCGAGGGGAAGAAGAAGGAAGAUGACAAGCAGGGCGACCUGUCGGAAGAGGAUAUUCAGCUCCAGAAUGAGCUGGAAAUGCUCUUUGAACGUUUGAAGGAGUCCGACACCGAAUUGUACCGGUCUGCGUUGGAGACACUCCGGACAUUAAUCAGGACGUCAACGUCAUCAAUGACAUCUGUGCCGAAGCCGCUCAAAUUCCUUCACCCUCACUACCCUGAGCUGCAGAAGCUGUACGAGACAUGGCUGCCCUCGGAGAACAAGAGUCUCUUUGCCGAUAUACUAUCCGUACUCGCCAUGACAUAUUCUGACACGCAACCUCGAGGGACUCUGCGCUACCGUCUACUCUCCGCGUCGCUCCGUCCACCUUCGUCACCACUCGCCGACCCCGGCUCGUGGGGACAUGAGUAUGUCCGUCAUCUUGCAGCAGAACUCGGCGAUGAGUACCGCUCACGCACACUUGAAGAAGAAGAAGAGAAGCCGGACGUUGACAAGGAGACGGCGAAGGUAGAAAUUGUCGGCACCGUGAAUGACCUUUAUGCGUUGGCUAUGGAAUGCGCAACGUUCCUGCUUCACCACAAUGCAGAGCCAGACGCUGUUGACUUGCUGGAAGAACUCGAGAUCGCGUACCGGAUAUCAGAGAUCGUGGACGACAAUACGUACGAACGGGUAUGCCAGUACAUGAUUGCAUGUGUGAACCUCCUGCCAGCCUCGGAAGUCGUUUCAUUCCUGCGCACGGCACACCAGAUCUACGUUCAACACCACAAAUUCCCCCAAGCACUCACGCUGUCAAUUCGUCUCGGCGAUCCAGACCUGAUCCGGAGCGACUUCGACGCGCCUGCGAACCCGCUCAUGAAACGCCAACUGGCCUUCCUCCUCGCGCGUGCGCAGGUGCCAAAAGAAUGGCUCGACCCGCCAUCUACCCCCGACGCGGACGAGGAAGUGCCCGAGCUUCCCGAGGAUCUCCUCGAAUGCCUGAGCAACACCCGGUUGAGCGCGCACUUCCGCGAUUUUGGCAAGGAGCUGGGCGUGCUGGAAGCCAAGAGCCUCGAAGACGUGUACAAGUCCCACUUGGAGAACACAAGGUCGACUACAGCGAAUGUUGAUUCUGCCAGGGCGAAUUUGGCAGGAACGUUCGUGAACGCCUUUGUCAACGCCGGGUUUGGCAAUGACAAGCUCAUGGUCGAGGCCGAGGAAGGGAACAGUUGGAUCUACAAGAACAAGGAUCAUGGCAUGAUGAGCGCUGCCGCGAGUCUCGGUCUCAGUCUGCUAUGGGACACGGAUGUCGGCUUGAGUCAUGUGGACAAGUACACCUACUCUGCGGAAGAGCACAUCAAGGCAGGGGCUCUCCUUGCGACAGGUAUACUGAACACUGGUGUUCGAACUGAGGCAGACGCGGCACUGGCUCUCCUCGGCGAGUACGUUGAGAACAAGUCGGUACCACUGAAGACGAGUGCCAUCGUCGGCCUUGGCCUUGCCUAUGCCGGAUCAUACCGUGAAGACCUGCUGGCCGUGCUCACACCACACGUCGCGGACGAUAGCGUGUCGAUGGAGGUCGCGUCGUUGUCUGCCCUUGCCUUGGGUUUCAUCUUUGCCGGGAGCGCGAACGGCGAGAUCGCCAGCGUGAUCCUGCAGACGCUGAUGGAGCGCGACGAGAAGCAGCUUGAAGAAAAGUGGGCGCGGUUCAUGGCGCUCGGUCUUGCUCUGCUCUACCUCGGCACGCAAGAGCAGUCGGACGCGACUAUCCAGACUUUGCGCGCUAUUGACCAUCAAGUCUCCAAGCAGGCGGAGAUCCUUGUCGACAUGUGUUCCUACGCUGGCACCGGUGAGGUACUGAAGGUUCAGGCAUUGCUCCAUCAUUGUGAUGAGCAUAUCGACAAGACACCGAAGGAGAAGGAGAAGGAGAAAGAGAAGCAGCCGGAAGGUACACCGGAAGAGCCCGUCAAGGACGACACGUUCCAGGCGUUCGCAGUCUUGGGCAUUGCUUUGGUCGCGAUGGGUGAAGAGAUCGGCUCGGAGAUGUCACUACGACAGUUCAACCAUCUCAUGCAUUACGGAGAACCAGUCAUCCGGAAAACCGUACCACUUGCGCUGGGCCUCGUGAGCGCAUCAAAUCCACAACUCCCCAUCCUCGAUACGCUCUCCAAGUACAGCCACGAUAACGACCUGCAAGUUGCGCUCAACGCCAUCUUCGCAAUGGGCCUUGUCGGUGCAGGCACGAACAACGCGCGACUCGCGCAGAUGCUGCGGCAGCUAGCAGGCUACUAUCACAAAGAACCCGAUUGUCUUUUCAUGGUCCGCAUAGCGCAGGGCCUUGUUCAUAUGGGCAAGGGCACAAUCACGAUCAACCCCUUCUUCUCGGAUCGCAACAUCAUGAGCAAAACGGCUGUGGCUGGUCUUCUGGCGACACUGACCGCAUUCACCGAUGCGAAAGCAUUCGUACUCGAUAAGUAUCACUGGAUGCUGUACUUCCUCGUCACUGCGAUGUAUCCGAGGUUCUUGAUCACGCUCGACGAGGAGCUGAACAGCCUCCCUGUGACUGUCCGUGUCGGUCAGGCUGUUGACGUAGUGGGACAGGCCGGGAAGCCAAGAACGAUCUCCGGCUUCCAGACGCAUCAGACGCCCGUGCGGUUGGGCACGACAGAACGGGCAGAGUUGGCGACGGAGGAGUACAUACCAUUCGCGCACAUCCUGGAAGGCUUCGUCGUCCUCCAGAAAAACCCGGGGUGGGAGAAAGAGGACAAGAUGGAGUUGUAG